AUGCCUCCAACUACCUCUUCACCGCGAGAAGGCGAGCGACCCCAAAGGUCCCUGUCUAACCAAGUUGAGACCCAUGAAGCUCAACUGAAAGACCGGUCUCAAAGCUUAUGGCAAACCGCUUAUAGCCAGCUAGAUGACAAGGAUCAGCAAAUCUUGUCGGGGUAUAUUCACCGAACAGAAAUUGUACUUGAUGAGAUCGUGCGGAUAACAGAAGCACAAUAUCAGGAAUAUCGAGAGGGGGCAGCUUACAAGUUCCGGGAGUAUUCAGCAAAGAUAAUCAAUGCUACAUUAAGUGUCAAGGACAUUAUUGAUACUGUUGUAGCUUUUGACCCUACACAACAUGCAGCUAGUGCUUGGGCAAUUGUAUCAUUUGGGUUGACAAUGGCUAAAAACCAUAAAAUACUAGCAGACGUCCUCGCAGAAUGUGCCUAUAUCGAAAAAAACUUCUGUUCUGAGAACAAAUCUAAUACCGGAGAUGAUCCGACACAGCCACUUAUCAAACUUUAUAAGGCCAUGUUACACUACGCAGCAGAAAUACGAAACAAUCAGAGAGGUGGAGCUGGAAGGUGGAUCCGGAGCUGCAUCAAAGCAAUUACUGAUCAGCCGCUCACAGUGCUAGAGAACACGGUCAACCAAGAAAGGGAUUAUCUACUCAGGAGGCUUGCAGUAGGCCAACACCUCAACCGCGCAAAGGAGGCUGAGGAUAUCUUGUCUCGCAUCGAUAGCCUUACCGAAUCUAUGAAGCAACUUCUCCACCAAUUUAACCUUAUGAAUCUACGUGUUGCAGAAGGAGCGAUUUAUAAUUCUUAUCUCAACGAACAUGAAGACUUUUGUCUUCCUGGAACCAGGACUGAGGUUCUGUCUGAGAUUCACAAGUGGGCUGAUUCAGCGGAAAGUCGAUGCAUAUUCUGGUUGCAAGGAAAGGCAGGGACUGGGAAGUCUACUAUUGCCCGAACAGUCGCUCGAUCAUUUGAAGAAAAGGGUUCUCUUGGUGCUACCUUUUUCUUCAAGAGAGGUGAAUCCGACCGUGAUACUGCGAGAUACUUCAUAUCAACUAUUACAAAACAGUUAGUGUCUCGACAUCGGCAGUUAAUACCCGAUAUUAUGGAGACUCUCAAGAACGAUCCAAAUAUCCUAUACAAGUUUCAGAGUGAACAGUUUGAUAAGCUUCUCUAUCGGCCUCUUGAGAAGCUGCAUCUCAACUAUUCUACAAUAGUUGUUAUUGUUAUCGACGCCUUGGACGAAUGUUAUCUGGAAAAUGAUAUAAAGAUUAUACUUAAACUUUUGUCCAAGUUGGAGGAAAUAAGAUCGGUACCUCUGCGAGUGAUUUUGACCAGCAGACCUGAACCUCUAAUUCGAACCGGCUUUAAAGAUAAUGGCGGCUAUAAAGGCCUGGUUCUUGAUAAACGUCCUGAUUCAGAAAUAAAAAACGAUAUUGGCCUGUUUCUGAACCAUAAGUUUGCGGAGAUACGGGACGAAUACUCAAUCCAUGAGUCUUGGCCUGGCGAAAAUAAAAUACAAGAACUGGUAGAUAUGGCUCAUCCUCUGUUUAUUUUCGCAGCCACCAUCUGCCGCUUCGUGGGGGACAAACGCUGGACCCCGGAAAAGCGCCUUGAAGCAAUUCUCCAAAAUACAUUGGCAAUAUCAGGAAGCCGAAUGGAAAGCACCUACGGCCCUAUUUUGCAUCAACUUGUUUCUGCCGCAGAUGAUGAGGAUGCCACGAAAUUGUUGGACGAAUUUAAGGAUAUUAUUGGGGUUAUUAUUCUUCUUGCCAUACCGCUUUCAGUCAAUGCUCUUGCCAGCCUUAUAAAUAAGCAAAGUGUGGUUGUUCAUACUCGCCUGGCUGGAUUUCAUUCGGUGCUCAGCGUGCCGGCGAAUUCAACAGAAGAUAUUCAUUCACCUAUUCGCACUCUGCAUAUAUCAUUCCGAGAUUACCUCCUUACAGCACAAAGCGAUCUCAAAAUUGAGGAGGAAAUGAUGCAUGGAAGAAUAGCAAAACAUUGCCGACAACUUAUGUCUGAACAUCUCAAACAUAACAUCUGUAACCUAGCAAGUUACGGAACAAAGCGCAAGGAGAUUGACCCGGUUGUUAUUACUCAGCAUCUUACAGCUGACGUGCAAUAUGCCUGCCAAUACUGGGUUUACCAUCUUGCGCGUAGCCAAGAUAGGAUUUCUGAUUCUGAAAUUCUAUCAUUCCUGAAAAAGCAUUUUCUCCACUGGUUGGAGGCAUUGGCUAUUAUUGGAAAUAGUGAGCUUUCUGAAUUUCUCGACGAUGCAAGAAGAUUUACUCUUCAAAAUUCCUCGAUAGCUGGAACUGCUCCACUUCAAAUCUAUUGUUCUGGGCUGGUAUUUGCACCAAUGAAAAGUAUCAUAAAAAAAAGUUUCAUCGGUGAAAUGAAACGGAUAAAAACAUUCCCAGUGAUAGAAGACUCAUGGAGCCCAUGUCUGCAGACAUUUGAGAGCAAUUCAGAAAGCAUUCGCUCAGUGGCUUUUUCUUCCGAUGGGCUUUCUCUAGCAUCGGGAGCAUUUGCUGGGAUUAUCAAAAUUUGGGAUACUAAGACGGGCGUCAACCAAAAAACAUUUGGAGCUCAUUUAGGCGUGUGUCAACAGGUAUUAGAAGGCCAUUCAGGUUGGGUCUGUUCAGUAGCCUUUUCUCCUAAUAAGCCUAUAUUAGCAUCAGGCUCAAGAGAUAAGACUAUCAGACUUUGGAACCUAGAAAAGAAAGAACCUCUAAGGGAAUUUAAGAGGCAUUCAGGUACAAUAUUUUCAGUAGCCUUUUCUCCUGAUGGACUUACAUUGGCAUCUGGUUCUGAAGAUAAAACUAUCAGACUUUGGAAUAUCAGAACUGGUGAAUGUCAGCAAGUUCUGGAGAAUUCAGCUUCGAAUUCAGCUUGUGUUUACUUAGUGGCUUUUUCUCCUAAUGGACUUACACUGGCAUCAGGCUCAAGUGAUGGAGCUAUCAGACUUUGGAAUAUAAGAGAUGGUAACAAUCCGCAAGUUCUAGAGGGGCAUUCAGGUUGGGUUUAUUCGGUAGCCUUUUCUCCUAAUGAGUCUGUACUAGCAUCAGGUUUUGAUAAUGGGACUGUUAAGCUCUGGGAUACUGAAAAAGGUAUAUGGAAGCAAACUUUAGAAGGUCACUCGAAAUUUGUCCAUUCAGUGGCCUUCUCUUCUGACGGGUCUUUCCUAACAUCGGCCUCUUAUGAUCACACUAUCAAAAUCUGGAUGAAAGAAAGGGGCAUCUACAAAGAAGUAUCGAAGGACCAUCUCAACUCAGCCUGUUCAGCACUGAGACGUUCGGAUUUGAAUUCUCCAAUAUCUUCAUCAGAUAAUUGGAUAGCCGUCGAGGGCGAGAAUCUGCUGUGGCUUCCUGCUGAAUACCGUGAUUUUGUACGCCAUGCUGUCAAGGACACUACACUUGCUCUAGGAUAUGAGGAUGGGCUGGUCUUGAUUAUAGGUUUCUGUACAGCGAAUGAACCAGGCUAA